ACUGAUAAAGACGUAUUCUAUGCGUAUGUGCUUCGCAAAAUAAUAACAAAAUGGAGGCUGCCGGACAGGUUUCAUCUGCUUUCAACAUUGGAGUGUUCAAAGAACCUCGAGGUUUUAUCAAGAUACUUGAAUUUGUGCUGUCUAUAUUUGCCUUUGCUACAACCACUAGUCAUGACACCUCUACUACCUUCACUGUGCUAAAUUGUGAUUCAGACAACAAAACCCAUAAAUAUGUUUAUGAGUAUGGAUAUCCUUACGACCUGGAAAGUGUAUGUAAGGACGUGUGUGGCAAACAAGUCUGCUUCCUCUCUGGCUCGAAGUCAUCUGCUGAGUUCUACGUGUUUGUUGGUGUCAUUGUGUUCCUGUACUGCCUGGGGGCACUGGUGCUCUACAUCUUCUUUGAUGACUUCUACAGGAGAAACACAAGAGUCAUCAUAGCUGACUUUGUCAUCUCCAUUGUGCUGACACUGCUGUGGAUCAUAGGGUCCUCAGCCUGGGCUUCUGGGGUGUCUGACGUCAAGAUGUACACUGAUCCAGUCGAUGGCGGCCUCUUUACUAAAGAACGCAUUCCAGAAUGUGCUGCGGACACGAAGGCUUGCACAGUAGACAGCCUGGGCAACUUCGCCAGUCUUAAUGUAUCCCUUAUCUUUGGAUUUUUGAACUUCCUGGUCUGGGUUGGUAACCUGUGGUUCCUGUACAAGGAAACCCCCUGGUUCAAAGUUCAAGCUAAACCACCCACUGAACCAGUUCCUGUUUUCUCCAUAGAAAAUGCAUAGAUAACUCCAGUGACAGCUCAAGUUAUCUUGUCUUUAGCUUAGUCCUUACACAACAGCCCGCCAUCAGUAUAGUAGACAGUGUGAUACCAUCUGUGUGUGAUACCAUCUGUGUGUUAAGCCAUUCAUGUAUGAUGCCAUCUGUGUUGUGGUAUCAUCUUUGUAUGAUACCAUCUGUGUGUGAUACCAUCUGUGUGUGAUACCAUCUGUGUGUUAAGCCAUUCAUGUAUGAUGCCAUCUGUGUUGUGGUAUCAUCUUUGUAUAAUACCAUCCAUGUAUGAUACCAUCUGUGUGUGGUACCAUCUGUGUGUGGUACCAUCCAUGUAUGAUACCAUCUGUGUGUGGUACCAUCUGUGUGUGGUACCAUCCAUGUAUGAUACCAUCUGUGUGGUACUAACAAGUCCAUCACCACUGUGGUGGUCAGUGUGAUACCAUCUGUCUAUUAAACCAUCCAUGUAUAAAACCACCUGUUUGGUAUCAAUACCAUCCAUGUAAGAUACCAUUGGUACUACGUGUCUAUGUAGAUGUACCACCAUCCAUAUGUGUGUUGUGCAAUGAGAAUCUCAGGAUCUCAUAUCUAUUAAUAUUAUAUUAUGUUAAUGUUAGAUUGUAACUUUUGUUUAGCUGUAACACUAGUAGCAGGCAAUCAGUUUCAUCUCAACAUUUAUAAAGAUGAUUUAAUUGUGGUAAUGACUUCAGGAUUAAUCUCAAGAGAAACAUGGGGUGGGGUGGAAUUGAAGAUACCAGGGGAAGUAACUAAUGAUGUUGAUACAAGGGAGAUAAUGUUCGGUCAUUUGAAGGGUAGAAAAUAUUUAAAGAUAAUCAAAAUAGAGACACCACAAAGAUAACCAACAGAAUCUCAAUAAGAUCUUUAUUAUAACUUUGAUUUAUAUUGCUUUAAUUUAUAACUUUGAUUUAUAUUGCUUUAAUUAUGUAAGUUAUUAGUGGUGUAUGGGAAUUUGUCAGGCUGUAUGGUAUGCCCUUUGUGCUGCCGUAAGUGGCAAGUGUUAGACAGUUUGUGUUAGAGCCUAACAAGAGAUGACAUAGAGGCUAGCCAGUUGUUGUAGCUUUUGAUGACACUGAGGGUAUCCACCAGCAGUGGCACCCACUCAUUAUAAACCUGUCCUCUCCACAUCCAUUGAAUGAUGUCCCAUGGGUUAUGCUUGUGUUGAUUGUGUACUGUAUUCCCCCAGGCCAACAUAGUCCCAUUACUGGAAAUGUGUAUUAGCAGAGACAGUCCUGUGUAAGUAAAAUAUGGGCUAGCUAAGUUUGCAUCUCUUUGGAUUCUUCUGAUUUUAUCCAAGAGGUUUCUUUUUUUUUUUUUUUUUCUUUGGAUGUUUUGUGGUGGUUGGAGUCAAAGCAGAACAUUUCUCUGACUAGAUCUAGUCAUGAAACCAUGAAAGAUAGAAACACUGACAUGAAUGUGUAAGUUUGACAGCAAGUAAAGUGACUAGUUCAGCAUAAAGUUGACAUUACAGUCACUGGUUCAGCGUAAAGUUGACAUUACAGUCACUGGUUCAGUGUAGAGUUGACAUUACAGUCACUGGUUCAGUGUAGAGUUGACAUUACAGGCACUGGUUCAGUGUAGAGUUGACAUUACAGUCACUAGUUCAGUGUAGACAUUACAGUCACUGGUUCAGUGUAGAGUUGACAUUACAGUCACUGGUUCAGUGUAGAGUUGACAUUACAGUCACUGGUUCAGUGUAGAGUUGACAUUACAGUCACUGGUUCAGUGUAGAGUUGACAUUACAGUCACUAGUUCAGCGUAAAGUUGACAUUACAGUCACUGGUUCAGUGUAGAGUUGACAUUACAGUCACUGGUUCAGUGUAGAGUUGACAUUACAGUCACUGGUUCAGUGUAGAGUUGACAUUACAGUCACUGGUUCAGUGUAGAGUUGACAUUACAGGCACUGGUUCAGUGUAGAGUUGACAUUACAGUCACUAGUUCAGCAUAAAGUUGACAUUACAGGCACUGGUUCAGUGUAGAGUUGACAUUACAGUCACUAGUUCAGCAUAAAGUUGACAUUACAGGCACUGGUUCAGUGUAGUUGACAUUACAGUCACUGGUUCAGUGUAGAGUUGACAUUACAGUCACUGGUUCAGUGUAGUUGACAUUACAGUCACUGGUUCAGUGUAGAGUUGACAUUACAGUCACUGGUUCAGUGUAGAGUUGACAUUCAAGCACUGACAAACUCCAUUAUUUUCUCCACUUGUCCACUAGACACUCAUAGUUAUACAAUGAUAAAAGCAUUUUUUGUUACACAAUUAUUUUUCUUUCAUUCUUGUGGGUUCUUGUUUUUUUAUUAUUAUUUUACUACUAUACAUUAGUAUCAUUUGUACACUUUUGUAUGCAAAUCAGUAAUUUUAAAAAAUAACUUUUUCUAAUAAUAUUAAAUAUAUACUUAAUAACAUAAUUUGAAUUAUUUUAUAUAUUAACAAUGAAAUAAUGAUCUGUGUAAGAACUUACACGAUGAACUAAUAAUUUAUCCUAAUACAUAAAAUAAACAAAUAGCGACCAUUGACUGGUUGGGUUCUCUCCUGCACACAGGUGGAUGCAUGUUGUUAAGAUUGCAAAUAAAUCUUUUGUUUACAAAAACUCUGAGAGAAAUGUGCUUUCCUUGCAUGCCUCCCCCUUUUGUUUGGCUUUUGCUACUUUGUUGCUGCUAAAUGGUGUUUGUGUGUUUGUGAACCUAGCAUGUGAACAGCCAGGCUACCUAAAGACAUGUUGCUUCUUGAUGCUCACUGGAUGCAGCCCCUUCAAUACAUGCAUGUGUUUGUCCCAUAGAUCAGCUGUAAAAACACCUUGAAUGGGUGGCAACAACAUAACACAUUGGUGGUGGUGAUCAGUGUAGGAACAAUGGAUUCACUCUACACAUUCAAUCUACCAGCAGCCAAACUUGAAAUAUACAAUAGAAUACAUCACAAUAUCAACCUUUCACUUUUAGUUUAGGUACAGAAUUAGUACAACACUCUAAUAUAAAAUAUUUGAAACUGGAUAAAACUAUAUCUAACGACUGAAGAGAAAUGAACUUACAAAACUUAAAAUUGUGGAAUGUUAAUUUUGUAUGUGUAUGUAGCAGCUGACAGUGUCAGAGCUAUGUCUAGAUGUGAAAACUCUUGGCUUUUAUGUUGGUUGAAUUGGUAAACACAGCAAAACUUAGACACACCAUGAUGAUGUGAACUGCCUUGAUUUUUAUGGGGGCUUCAACUUUCAACAUUAUUGAACUGUCGCAUAUUCAAUGGAUUGAUUCUACAUUCCCAACUGUAAAUCAAAUGUAUUAACACACUACAUUAUACUUACAAUAAAGCAGUUAUUUUUUGUUUCUGCUGGAUAAUCACAAACAAAUAGGGAUAAUUAAUACAAAUAAUACAAGCAACUGCUAAUAAAACUGACAUUUAUAAUUGUAUUAUGAAUAAAAUAAUAAAUAGCUUUAAGUGUCUGUUAAUAAUCAUAAAAUGAUUUACUUGGACAAAACAAAACUUAAAAUUCUUCUUGACAUAGUAGUUAACUUAUAAAUGGUAUAGAGCAUCUUAUCUCCAAUAAUAUACCAAACAUCUGGGGUGUCAAUUGACUAAAUGUGAGCUACUCAGGGGACCAAACUCUCCUGAAGGAAGUCUACUAAUCAACUCAUCUUGUGUAAUAUAUUUAAGUUAUACCAACUAUCAAACAAGUAAUGUACAACUUAUAUAAGUAACUUGUUUUAUUCCUACAAUUUGGGGUAGGUUUAAAUUGAAAGUCAUGUGAUAAAAUGUGUUAUCAAGAACCAUUGUGCAAUAUUCAAAUAUCCUAAAACUUGUUCAUAAGGACGUGUAAAAUGAGUGGUGGUUGUUAAUAAUGUAAAAUAACUUGAAGUGGAAAGACGGAAUUACCAUACAAUAAACUUACAUAACAAAGGCUUCUGUGUGUCUGGUGCAACUACCAUUCGGAAACAUGACAACACGUGCAGUCACUUGGAUAGAUCUGCACAGUCAGCAGUGUUUAGUGUUGUUAAAAAAAAUAGUCACCUACGCUUAUUGCUGCUCACCGCUUGUUUCUGCUCGCUGGUUCACAUCUGAUAUGCUGUAUCAAGCCAUCUCAGAGAACCUGAUCAUCCUCAGCUUGUUACAUUUUUUAUGUACAAUCAUAAACUCCAGACUUGCCAUAAUUAAACAUAAUGUGAGGGUACAGAUGUUGUUUGACUGGAUGUUUGCGUGAAGCUGUAUUCAGUUUGUACAACCAUUGUGUAUGGAGUUUUGCAUACUUAAUAUGAGCAUUUAUAUUUGUAUGGAAUUCAUACUUUGUAUAACCAUUCUGAUUUGUUUGGAGUUGUAUUUUGUAUGACCAUUGAUCCCUUGUACAU